AUGUGUACACAACAAAAACAACCAUCAACAGCUUAUUCUCAUAACCAUCAAUAUGAAACAAGCCCUGAUAGUUGUCGUCACAACAAUAAUACUGCAUAUGUAACCAUUGGAAGUGAAAGUGAAACAUUCGCCCAAAACUCAUACGAAAGACGUUUGUCUUGGUCACCAGCCGCUUCUUUUUUGAAAAAUUUGGAUUCCAAACCUGUGAAAUUACCUUCGAUUCCUGAUGAAGGACAACAAGUUGGAAAAUAUGUUCUUGGUAGAAUUAUUGGACGAGGCGGAUUUUCCACUGUAAGAGAAGGUUAUACCAUUGAUAAUUAUUCAGAUUCAAUGGAAAAGGCGUCACUUGAAAGGGAAAUACUAAUUUGGCGUAAACUGAAUCAUUCAAAUAUUGUUUCGAUAAUUUCUGUUGAAAAAACAGUUUUUGCAACUUUUAUAUUUUCAGAAUAUUGUUCUGGUGGCACACUAUUACAGUAUCUUAUGAAGAAAUAUUCAUUUCUUUCAUUUGAUGUUUAUAAAGAUGUUGAAAAAGAGAUUGUCAAAGGAUUAGAUGAAGAUGAAGCACGUAAUAUAUUUUUAGAGGUUGUUAAUGCAGUAAGAUAUUUGCAUAAUGAUAUGGGAUUAGUGCAUAAAGAUAUCAAGUUGGAUAAUAUUUUAUUGGGUAGAAAUAAUACUUGGAAAUUGUGUGAUUUUGGAUUAACAGAAUUCCAAAAUCCACAUGUGAAUGGAUUUGAUAAUAUUGUUUUUGAUGAUAUAGUUUGUGGCUCUUUGACAUAUUCUUCACCUGAACAAAUAAAAUCAAAAAAGCCACUUAAAAUUCCUACAGUCGAUAUAUGGAGUUUAGGUGUUGUGAUAUUUGCAUUGGUUACUUCUCAAUUACCAUUUCUGGACAAAUUUGAGCCAAGACUACAAUACAAAAUCCUCAAUGGUAGAUAUGAUGAAUCACUGUUGCAGCGUGCAGGCGUCAGUAAUGAAUUUCAUGAUUUACUAAAAGGAAUGUUCAAGACAAAGCCUGAUCAAAGAUUAACAAUAAAUCAAAUAAUAGAUCAUCCUUGGUGUCGUAACCAAAGAGAUUAG